AUGGCUGGAUAUAACCUUUCAAAUAGAGUUUAUUCAAAAAUACGUCCAUUAAUAACUGCUGGUAUGGAUGCACGAUAUAUAUUAACACGUAAUUAUCAUGAAAAAGUCAUUGAUCAUUAUGAAAAUCCACGUAAUGUUGGUUCAUUCGACAAAUCAGAUAAUAAUAUUGGUACUGGUCUUGUCGGAGCACCAGCUUGUGGUGAUGUUAUGAAAUUACAGAUUAAAGUGGAUGACAAUGGAAAAAUCAUUGAUGCAAAAUUUAAAACAUUUGGUUGCGGUUCAGCUAUUGCCUCGUCCUCAUUAGCAACAGAAUGGAUUAAAGGAAAAACAGUGAAUGAAGCAAAUUCAAUAAAAAAUCAAGAUAUUGCAAAAGAAUUAUGUUUACCACCGGUUAAACUUCAUUGUUCAAUGCUUGCUGAAGAUGCAAUAAAAGCAGCAAUCAAUGAUUAUAAUACGAAGAAAGAUAAACAACAAAAAUCAAAUUAA